AUGACAGACAAAUCAACAAAUGUCACUAUUCGCGACUCGCAGAGGGAAAAGGAAGAAAGAUUCCGUUCUGUCGAGCGUUUCCGGUAUUCUUCCGCCGAGCAAAGUCCAAAUCGCGCCUUCUGCGGACGGUGCAAACGCAUCAACUUUGAUGCCAUCUUCCAAUGGCUGAAGGCUCAGCCGAGCUCACAAGAGACUGCAGUUGCCGACAUUGGCAGGCUCGAUCGAAUGAUGCUCGGUUCGACAUGUCCUUGCUGUGUCUUUUGGGCACAGAUUGUCUUCCUCAACAAACCACAAUGUCCGUUUGAUGAGGUUGCCGAAGGCUAUCUUCUGGCACAAUCCUGCAGGAAGAAGGGUUCUUCUCGUAAUGCCCCGAUCCGGGAAUCUCGUGGUUCCUAUCAUAAGUGUCUAAAGCUGCAUUGGUCUGGCCCAAGUGUGCAAGCCUUUGAAACAUGGAGACCAGGGCCCUUGUCAGAACACCUCAUCUUCCCAGCUGGCCAGGGCCCAAAUGGCGCCUGGGCUUUUGCAGACGGCACUACAUAUGCACGGCAUAUUGAACCAAGCAUCAUCGAAUACGAUCAUAUCAUCCGCAGUCUACAGCAGUGUCGGUCAAGCCAUCCAAGCUGCAAGAAAAUGGACCCUGCCUUAAUUAUCAAGACAAGACUCAUCGACUGCCGAACUAACCCACCAACCCUUGUCGACGGCUCGACGGAUAUGAGCUACUUCGCAUUGAGUUAUUGCUGGGGCGCUGUGCAACCUGGAGCGAUAAGAAGAGCAGAUGAAACAGCUUAUCCUCUGGAAGUACAUUCCCUCCCCCUGACAAUACGAGAUGCGAUCUUCGCCACCAUCAACCUCGGCGGCACUUAUCUAUGGGUCGACGCAAUUUGUAUUGAUCAAGACGAUGCAAUCUCAAAAGAAAGCCUCAUCAACAAGAUGGACUAUGUGUACAACAAUGCAGACCUCGUACUCGUUGCAUUGGGAGAUGACUCGGAUACUGGACUCCCAGGAGUUUCAACUCCCAGAAUCCCUCAACCUGCUCUAAGGACUGGCGACACAACUCUAGUCACGAACAUUUCUGAUCUUCGCGAGCAAUUACAAGCCUCUAGGUGGAGCAGUCGAGGCUGGACAUAUCAAGAGGCGUUACUGGCUCGCAGAUGCCUUUUCUUUACUUCGGAGCAAUGGCAUUUUGUGUGUCAAACUUCGUCCGCUUAUGAGACUUUGGUUGAAGGCCUACCAAAAUUCAAUGACUGUCGACUAGAUAUCCAUGCAUUGCGGUCUACGCUGUUUCGGCUGAGAGGAACGAAUGCUCACGAUCUUGAAAUUACCGAGGACGUUCGUGAAUAUACCAUCAGGGACCUGUCUCUCGACAGUGACUUUCUCAACGCAUUUCGCGGUGUCCUGCGCAGGAGCAGUCUACAUUCUCUCUGCGGAGUCAUCGCAUUGGAGGCGAAGAAACGUCGACAUGGACAGACAGAUCUCGAAAGUGGAUAUGCGCUGGGGCUCUUUUGGGCUGGCCAGGACCGCGCUUUUGCAAGGACACCAGGUCCUCCGCGAACUACCCGUCGCCCCGGAUUUCCCACGUGGUCGUGGCUCUCCUCACGCGGCGUUGUUGAUAUGACUUGGAGCAAUCCUCAGGACUACAUAGCGGAUUUCUCAGGGAUCAACGUCCACGCAUCAUUCAGCGUGGUUGAUAGUAAUGGCAGCACGAUUACCUUGACUAGCAUGUGGCAGAAUGGUGUCGCACAGAGCUCUGCAAGCAAGUUUUUGGAACUUCAACCCGGACAACACCUUCAAAUCACUAGCUACCUGGUGAAAGUCCGGUUUAUGAAACCCACCCAGGCAGUCAUGCUCCACGACUACUGGUUCGUCUUGGACGGCCCCCUCGAGCUCUUCCCCGACGAUAAUUGCGACCUUAUCAGCGACCAGCCUUCAGCAUUCUUCUCGGCAACUCUGAAAAUUGCGACUGGAGACCUUCGAAAGAUUGAGGAUCAAGAGAGCAUCGCUUUCGACAGGGAAGCAUUCUCCGACCCAACCCUCAAUGAGCGCAUUCUCAAGGAGGAAUUUGAGUUGUUGCUACUGGUUUCCCAUGGGUUCGAACAGCGGCAACUGAACUAUUGGAUAAUCUUGGACAAGGAGAGCGACAAGAGGAAGAGAAUUGGUAUUGCUCGGUGCGAAGGCUACAGAUACGCAGUCACCAACCCCGGCCAGCGGCGUGACCCUUGCGAGCUCUCCCAGGAUGAAUACCUGACCGCCCUGCCAGAAGAGUCCACCUUCCUUUCAAAGAAGACAACCAUGACCAUGGUGUGA